AUGUCGUCAUUGAAUGCCCUGCAGACGGAGCAGGUGAGAAGCAAGGUUUUAUACAGUGAAGUGGACAUUCCGUUCUAUGGGUACCUGGAAGCGUUAAGCAGAGCGACGAACCUGAGCAAGAGCAUACUGAAAGGUGGUUUAGAGUCUUACGAGAGCCAGGAGAAAGUGACAUUUGACGAAGAAUAUGUGAGGAAGUUGGAACAGAAUGCGUGUCUCAAGUAUCUGGAGCUGCAGUCGUCCAUCGAGGUGAAGAAAGCUGCUCAAGAGAACUGGGAGCAGUCGAAUAACGAGACUAUCGCUACAACGGAGGAGUUGGUGCCGGGGUUGACAGAAACACUCAGGGAUGCCAAUUCCAGACUAGAAGAACGAAUUGAAAGGAUACGAGGACUCUACGAGUGUGUUAGGAAGGUCAAUGCAGAGACUGAAAAUCUGCUUGAGGGAAACACCAGCUUGACUGCAACACGGUCUGAGUGGGAGAGAGAGCUGGGUGGCCCUUUGACGGAUAAGCUGAUCAAGCAGGGAUAUAUGAGGAGGACUGAGAGUUCCGAGAACGGGGAAAGAUACCGGGUUUACGAUAAUUUCACCAAAGGGCCCAAGGAACUGAGACAUAUAAACCAGUCGAUCAGGGCGGAUAUAUCGAGACUAACAGAGGAAUUGGCCACCUAUAAGAGCCGGUGGUUGGAGGAUGCCAACGUUUUCAGUAGAAUCACUUCAGUGCUGAGGGAAGAGCUUGUCAAGAGGAACAUGGACGUUGAUAUUGAAGUGGAAGAGAGGGAAGAGGAAGAAGAAGAAGAGGAAGAAGAAGAGGAGGAGGAAGAGGAGGAAGAGGAGGAGGAAGAGGAGGAAGAGGAGGAGGAAGAGGAGGAGGAGGAGGAGGACAUAGAAGCAGAAGAAGAAGUCGAAGAAGAAGAGGAAGAUGUAGAGGGAGACGAAUACGAUGAUGAGAUACAAGAAACGGUGGCGGCUGAGGCAGAAAAGGAUGUUGACAAUGUUGCGGCUCAGGAAGACAAAAGGCCAUCUCAUGAAGAAGAGUUCAAAGAUCACGACGAGGAAAUGAUUGAGGAACCGAUGGUCGAAGAGGUUGAUUUUGAGCCUAACGAAACGCAAGAAAUAAGAAACAGCAGCACGAAUACUCUUCUACCGCAAUCAGAGACCGAAAUUGCGGAUAAAUAA